CUAACGAAUGCGAAUGAUGUUCAAUGAGAAUUUUGUGAGAUCCUUAUUAUCGAUACAUAUCGAUAAGCCCUCCUCUAGUUCAUCAAUCCUAAAAUCAUAAACGUAAACAAAACAAAAAUAAGUUCUCAAAACAAGUCUCAAAACAUUGGUAAUUUCUGUAAAAAAUUAAUGUAUAAUGAAUAAUUCUUUGGUUAUUAGUGGCGAAGCUUCGGAAACAGAAAGCGAAGAUGAGGUUCAUCCAAGAAUUCAAUUUGAUAUGGCCCAAUCAAUUCAAGGCGCUGUCAUAUUAGGAGAAGAUUCUGAAUCCGAUAACGAAAACGAGGGCAGUAUUGCAAGUGCUGUUUCCGCAUUGCAAUUACUUGAAGAAGGAAGCGACGCCAAUGCAAAUGUAGACCACGAUUCUUUAUUUCAACAACAAUUACGAGAAUCGAACACUUCCUUAUACAACAACAUAGAAACUUUCAUUCAAACCACUGUGGAUGAAGCUGGAAAAAAUCUCAAUGCUUUAGAACAUCAACUUUUGAAAUCGCAGAUCACAUUGCAGGGCGCUGUAACAUCUCUUAAAACUCUAAGUGUUAAUUCUUUAACUUUGAAGAAUAAGUUACAUUCACUUCUAUCCUCUAAGUUUCUCAAUAAUAUCAAUACUUCUAAAGUGGAAGAGAGUCCUAACUCGUAGAGUAGAGAACUUUAGAAAAAAUUAUAUUGUGCCAAAUAUAAGAUAAUUUGAUAGUCUUUUUUGGAACCUACUGAUUAGUGUUAUAGCUAGUUAAGUACUUUUUUCAUGUUGUUUUGCGUUGAACUAAUAUCAAAUCCUCUUCUUUGAAUUCAUUCUGUAAAAAAUCAUCCAUCUUUCCAGAAAUACUGAUACCAGCAACCAAAUUAUUUAUCCUUUGUCAAAAGUAUAUUAUUAUAAAUCAUACCUCAAUUUCUUUUAAAAUAUCUAUUGUAGCGUGCCUGUUUGGUUAAAAUUGUAUUAGUAUUAAAGCUUAGUUUUGUCAUAAAAAUGAGAAUGAAACUGGACAAUAAAAGCAUGUUAGUCUAUAUCUUUUUUUAGCUGUAGGGGGCCAAGACUUCAUUAUUGAAGAAUUAUCUCCAAAGGGUUCAUUUGGAAUAAUAGCCUUGAUUUUUUUAAAUUAGUAGUAAUGACUUUGAUGUUGGACUCUAAUAAAAGUGACCAUUAUACUAUUGGAUUCAUAUUUAUUACAGGAUGACAUGAAGGUACCCACACAAAUACAUGUAAUGAAUUUUGGAAAGAGCACAAAUACAAAAACACUAGAUCUGUUGCUCAAGCCUUCUUGAACUAAUUGAAUAAUCUUGAGCAUUUUUUUGUUUCUUUGGGUUACCUAUAUGCAGAAACUUCCUCACAGUCACAACAUUUUUCUUUCAUAGUUUUAUGUAUUCGCGUUCUGAGAUCAACUAUGGCAUCUUUGAAAAAUUU